AUGGAUAAGGAUAAGAAACCGAAGAGUGGAUUUAUGAAGAGGAAAGAGAAAGAGAAAUGGAAGAUGGAAGAGGCAGCGAAUGAUCCAAGACAAGCAAAAGUCCGAAAAUUCUUUCAAAGUAGUUCUGUUAUCUCUACUAAAAACCAAAAUGAAGAUAGUGCCGAAUGUGAAGAUGCGACUGUAAAUGAAGCAACCAAUCAACCUGUGAUCAGUCAAGGCGAAUCUACUAUUCAUAAUGAACCUGUCAUUGCAACGUCCAGUGGAACAGGCUAUGUUGCAGAAAAGUUUAAUGAAAGUGACCCCGUAAAUUCUACGUCUAUGAAUAUAUCAAACGAAAAGGUAUAUCGACCAGCAACAACAUCUGUGCUUCCUACUGGAUCAACACCAAAAAUUUUUGAAUUUGAGAAUGAUAAAGGUCUUUAUGAUAUUGCUAGUGGGAUUUCUUUGAAUGUGGAUCAAAUCAGAGCUCUUUUGUUGACAGGCCCUUGCCAGCCUAAAGAAUGUGAUAUGCCUGGCGGGGAAUUCAAACAAUCGAGUGACAAACGUCGAUUCAACUCUUCAUUUUAUUAUAAGAACAAAAAAAAGCCUUUCAUGGAGGAUAACUACAGUCCCUGGUUAUCUUAUUCACCAACAAAAAAUUAUGCUUAUUGUCACUACUGUUGGUUAUUUGGCGAUGAAAUUGCGAAAAAAAGCAUUUGGUACGUUGGUUUCACAGACUGGAAACAUUGUCAUCAAUCGGCCACACAACAUAGUUUAAGUAAAGCCCAUCUCAGCAAUGCAGUCGCUGCUGCAACAUUUCUCCAGAAAAAUGAUAUUCGUCAUAAACUCGAACAACAAAUAAGCGAAGAAGCUAAGAAAUGGCACGCAAUUUUGAAUAUACUUUUUGACACUGUGAAAACUUUAUCUGGUUUGGGCGUUGGUUUUCGUGGUCACCGUGAAAAUUUACAAAAGGUUGAGCAUCCCGGUAUUUAUUUGAGUAUCAUUAAAUUGAUUUCUCGCCAUAAUCCUAUUCUACAUGCGCAUCUUGAAUCACCAGAACGAAUCAAAUAUUUAAGUAAAACAAUAACAUAUGAGUUACUCAGUACAUUAGCUGAUCAGACCAGAAAGUUUAUUGUUGAUGAAUGUAAAGGUGCCAAAUUUUUCACGUUUAUCGCUGACUCAACGACGGAUAUUGCUCACUUGGACCAAAUGGCUAUUUUGUUACGAUACAUUGUUAUUCAGAAUGAAGGUUCAACUGCGUCUGCAAUAUGUAUCAAAGAGAGUUUUUUGUGCUUCGUUCAACUGACAAAAGGGGAUGCUACAUCUAUUUGCAAUAUUAUAACCGCCAUAUUGUUUGAUAAAUAUGGUUUCCAGAAGAAGUAUUUGUCUGGUCAGGCCUAUGACGGUGCAGCGGUAAUGUCAGGACGUGAAGGUGGUUUGCAAGCGAAAAUGAAGGAAUAUGUCGGUGAUGUAAAUUUGGUUUUGGUGCAUGCUGCGGAAGAAAAUGCGAGUUCUUCGAUUAAAGUGUUUUUUGCGAUAAUCCAAAGAAUUUACAAUUACUUUGCGCAUUCUCACAGACGAUGGGAUGAACUUUUAGAAGCAAGCAAAAAUCCAUCACGGAACUCCAACAGUUUUGGCAUUCAGCUUUUAAAAGACCUUAAAAAAGAGAUCUUCGAAUCCGAUGCAGACACAGAAGACGGAUUAUCAUACGAUGAAGCUCACAAAUCACGCGAACGAGUACUCCACAUUAAAGGUUUAAGUACAACCCGUUGGGCUGCACGUAUAAAAGCUAUGGAAGCAUUCAUCCAAAAUUUCGAGUGCAUCGUGGAUUGUCUGGAGAAGGAAAUUUCAAGGGACGCAGCUACUGGAGAUGACAUAAUGACUGCUCAAUCAUUGCUUUCUUCAUUAAAUUGUGUUGCGCAAAUUCAACUGCAGAAGAAAGAAUUAAACUUGAUAACGGCGCAGCAUUGCACUUCAGCAGCAUUGAAGAAAAUGAGAGAUUUAAGGGAUGAAAGCGCCUACAAUAAUUUCAUCACAAAAGCGAGAAGUCAGUGGGGAAAAAUGAGCUUGGAACGUGCUGAUUUUCCAGUUGCAAGAAAACGGAAAAUUAAGAAAAUGCCUGGUGAAAAUAGCGUUGACUGUGUUUUAGAGACGCCUGACAAGCAUCGAGCCAGUUAUUACGAAGUUCUCGAUACAAUGUGUUGCGAAUUACAGGAUCGUGCAAACGGUUUCAAAGAGAUUAAUAACGUUUUUGGUUUUUUAAUGCCUGAAAUACUGCACAGCAUGAAACCAAGUGAUUUUGAGACCAGCACAAGUAUUUUGUUAGAGAAAUAUACUGAUUUCUUUACAACUGAUCUCAAACAUGAAUUGUCCAGUUUCGCUGAUUUGUAUUUCGCGCAACAGCAUGAUUCUUCAAAUGACAGUCCUUUGCAGUAUUUGGGAUUUAUUGUGAAACAUAAUUUGAUGGACAGCUUUCCAGAGUGUUGUAGUCUGUUCAGAUUGUACCUAACAUUACCAGUUACCACAGCGAGCGCUGAAAGGGGCAUGAACUCUUUGAAAAGAAUCAAAGAAUAUCGUCGUGCCACUCUAGCUGAGGAAACCCUUAAUGACUUCAGUAUUCUUUAUAUCGAAAAAGCAGUUGCGAAUAAAAUUGAUUUGUAUUCGACAAUCGAAAUAUUUGCUGAACAGAAAGCAAGGCGAGGAUUUAAAACUACAUAA